CUCCGCCUACCUGAGGCCACCUGCAACAACUCCUCACAUUCCCUUCCUUUCACAACUUUCCAAGUUCCAAGAACCCAAGCGGGGGAAGAUGGAUACUUGACUUCAAUCCAACUACAAUCCAACUACAAUCUCAUCUUUCCUAGCUAGCAAGUUGAUGAAUUCUUCCUUACUUCUAUACCAGGUAGUCAACUUGUUAGCUUCGUCAGCCGAUAUAUGAUGCUCCUAUUGUUUACGACUCAAUCAAUAUGUUAACCCGCACCGUUUGUCAACCAUCGUCAAAAGCGAGGUCUCUUCAGACCAGAGCUGCGGCCUGUGGUGCUCUACGGCCUGUCAGCAACUCGCUACUAAGGGCCGGUAUGAACCAGCAGAUCCGCAGCUUUCGCUUUGGUAUGUGGUCUUCCUACAUUGACCCUGAAUUCCAAAAAGAAAUCCGACAUCGCCAGCGUAUUCUCAAGCAUAAAUAUGCCGAAGCAAUCAAUGGGAAACUAUCAUGGGACCAGCGUUCCAUCGAUGGACAUCCAAGAGUCGUUUUAAAGAAUAUGCUUCGUAGGUAUUGGAGUCCGCGAUGCGGCUCGCGGUUUGUCAACUAUGACGAAUUGAACGGCCGGCAGCAACAGAGUCGAAUAACUCCGGAUACCGCAAACGUACGCAUGAAAACAUCCUGGGGCCCUAAUUCAUACGCCUCUUGGAUGAGUAAUUGCGGCGAUUUUAUGCGAUAUUCGUCUACUUGGUCGUGGAAAUCACGACUGAACGACAGGGUGGGCGUGGGUUAUUAUUGGGCUGGUAAAGCUUUCGAAGAUGCGACUCCUGCUAGGCAGAACCAAGCUGAGGAAUCAGAACGUACUUUCGAUCCAUCGCCUAGUGAAGAUUAUACUAUUGAUCCGAUCACGAACCGUAAAGUUUCGAGAGGACUCGACGGACAAGUCGUCGAUUCGGCGUCAUCGCCAACCAAUUCCUUUAAAUCGUAUAGGGCUCAGUUCUCUGCAUUCGCCCCUCCUAAAGAUGGAGAACAUCCAGGUCCUACUUAUUCUGACGGCCCACCGCCUUCCAUAGAGCUUAAGGAAUAUGGCCACAUCAAAAUUGAUGAGUUACCGUCUCAUGGCACUAGUGGCGAUCAGGAUGGAAUACAGGGGUUGGGUGAUAAUGCAGAAUCUCCCCGAUAUCCCGUGAUUCAAAGUGAAGAGUACGCCCUAAACCAUCUCCCGCCCGACGAGCCAGACGAGCAGUAUGAUGACUUUCAUAGAUACCAAGCAUAUCAGCGCGAUGAAGUUGACGAGCGAGCACCGGAGCCGACGAAAAGCUAUGAAGAUCUCCAUAAAUAUAAGACGUAUGGGGCUGAGGAGGCAGAAACUGCGGAAGCAGCCCAGGGAUACGAAGACUUGCAUGAGUAUAAACCCUACCUUCAUAAUGAAAAUCCAGGAAUCGAAAAGCAAACAGAACGUUAUGAUGACCUCCAUGAGUAUGAGCACUAUAAGGACGACAUUGUCAAGCCAGCCGACGAGUCGGCACCCAAGUAUGAAGACUUGGAUAAGUACGAUGUAAAAUCGUUUCCGGAUUCCGUGGCUGAAGAGCAGCCUUUCCAACAAUAUGGAGACCUCGAUAAAUACAGAGUUUUCAGGGCUCAAGAGCUCGAUAAUGCAGUUCCGGAGGAACGAGAUACCGUUGCAGAAUCGCUCUCGGAGUUCGACGCAAAAGCUCCAGAGCCGAUUUUAGACAAGAACCCAACGUCAAGCAUCUUGGACGGGCUUCGGAAGCUUAAUCUCAACGAUGCGUCGCAGCUGUCGUCCGCGCAGGCAAGGAAUCAAUCUAGUCAAUCAGGGUUGACUGGUAACUAUGUCCGUGAUUUCCCAGAUGAAUUUUCAGGUUCAUGGAGUACGCCAGAUAGAAAGACACUGUACAUACAGGAGGCCGAGAAGCAACAUUCAGAUCAGCUAUCCAAGUAUAUGAACUCCCAAAAGUUGGAGACGAGCUUGGACAGGCAGCAGACUGAGCCGAAGCUGGAAGCGGGUCCCAACCAGCCAGAGGUAAGGUCUACGAGACGCAUGUUUGAUCAUUACUCUAGAGCGCAGGCCGAAGUUGACCCGUACUCUAAAGAACCACAGGGCUUGGAAACGUCGUACACCAGGGAAUGCGACGGGGAGCCACAACCAUUAACAUUCGCCAAAACAUACGCUGGCGACUCGAGGGAAGCAGUACCGGAAACUGUAUCAGCGGAAGAUGCUAGCCAAAGGAUCCUCGACCUGAAGCCGCUGUAUUUCAGAGACCCCGAGGUCGACGGACGACCACCAAAUUUAUCGCUAGAAUCUGAUAUCACGCCUGAACCCAACCCAACUACCGAGCCGACGGUGUAUAGGAUCCUAGCCUACGACCCAACAAUGCAAAAGAUCGAUGUUGCCGAAACCACCUCAGUCGUACCUGAUCAAACAUCUCCACUAUCUCCAGCGGAAGUGCUUCUCCGUCUUUCAAAUCCUACUAAGUUUUUCCCACACUUCGCGCCCUUACAAGCCGAGGGUUUCGAAAUCGUUUCUGGCAGUGGAGACGUGUUAGUCUUUCGUCAAGUCCGACCCGUCAAGGCAACAAGUCAAGGGGGCGCGUCGCCAAUUAAUCCUAUAGAUAUGAUGGGAAAGCCAGCAGCCUUACCAAAUGCGGCCGCGUUUGUAUCACCUACAGGAUUUAUUAACUAUGAUAUACCACAGGCCGAGGAGGAGCCUCAAGCGCCUGCUUUCCGCUCAAAUAUCGACGUCAGAAGAGAAGAACCCGUGUUUAGCGGGCCCAAAUCAACCCGCGAUGAAGCACGGGACCAUGCAAAGAACGGCGUCGGCAAGCGAGUGUUAAUUGGCGGUGCUUGGGUGGCCGGAAUCUCGUACGCUCUUGGUGUCGUGAGCGAAUACUUCAUAACCGGCGGUGCCGAUGGUCGGGGGCCGACUGGCUUCUGAUCGAUCAUACUUUUACGGGGAAUAAAUCACCUCGUCUUGCAAGACGAAUAAAACGCGGGGCGGAUGACAUAACUUAUAGGAGUAUGGGGAGUUUGUACAGCAUUAUGGUGGUGGGUAUGUGUUCUCGGGUUCUUCUUUUUUUGGGACUGGGUUCGGGUCUCUCAGGAUGCUUCAAGGUAUCAAUAGGUAUUCCAAUUAUUCUUAAAACUCGCAUUCCGCUGUAUAGUAGUUUUUUUGGUCGGCGUAUGACUACCCCUUCUCCGUUCUGUAUACUUUAACCAGCGCUCCCUGAGUCGGGCCCGGCGUUAUUUAUCUCUUCAAUCUACCAGUAUUUCGGUUAUCACAUCAAUGCGUGUAAACGAAUAUGGCUUCGGGU